AUGGAAGGACUCAAUGCAUCGGAACAGCGUGAGCUUGCUGCUCGUAUGGAGAGGAAGCAAAUGAAAGAGUUUAUGCAGAUGUACUCCCGCCUCGUGCAACGCUGCUUCGAUGACUGUGUCAACGAUUUCACUACCAAGUCCUUGAUCUCCCGGGAAGAAGGUUGUGCCCUUCGCUGUGUCGACAAAUACCUCAAGAGUUCCGCCCGAUUGGGAGAGCGCUUCCAAGAACAGAAUGCCGCGAUGAUGCAAAGCGGUCAGCUCCCUGGCCGAUAG